GUUUGUCUUCACCUCCAAUUUUUGUGGGUGGACUAGGAUUUGUGGUGGUCACAGCGGACGAGUUACGGCCACCCAAAAAUUUUAUUAAAAGCAUUACAAGAAUCCCAGGAAAUUUUUGAUAUAGAUCAUAUACAAUUAUCAAAAGAAAUCGGUCUAAUUGAAAGCGUUUUUUUCAUUCACACCUUGCGCAUCUUGAAGCGCCGUUUGUACUCACGGUCUUCAGAGGAAACUCACCACCAAAAAGUCAUUUUCAGGCAAGUUCGUACUUGCUCAGCUCUUGUAGCCGAUUUGGUAAAAGAGAGGUCUCCUGAGUUCACGUCUUGUCCAUCGUCCUUUGAGUGUACUUCGUUUUCGAUAUGGGAAAUCUUAUGGAAUGGUUGAAGAACUGUCCCCCUUUGCAAUGGGCCGAAGAUAAAUUCGAAGACCUAAUGGUCAAUAUCAUUCGCUGUAGCAGUGUACCCCAACACAUUGGGUUCGUUAUGGAUGGAAACCGUCGGUGGGCUAGGCAACAUCGAAUGGAAACUGCAGAGGGUCACAGCUUGGGUUUUGAAACGCUAAAAGAUCUUUUACGCGUCUGUUUGAGGCUUGGAGUAAAAGAGGUAUCUGCAUUCGGCUUUUCUUUGGAAAACUUUAAGCGUUCUAAAUAUGAGGUCGACAUGAUUAUGGAAAUUGCCAAGUCUAGUUUGGCACAGAUCUGCUCACAUGGGGAUCUUGUUGAUCAGUACAACAUUCGCAUUCGAGUUGUCGGUGAUCUUGAUCGCCUCCCUGACGACUUGCACGAGCAAUUUGUGAAAAUUAUGAAGCGAACAGAGAAAAAUACAGGUGCUACCUUAAACCUUUGCUUCCCCUAUACUUCUCGCUAUGAGAUUACUCAGUCCUUGCAACGACUUGUUAAAAAAGCUGAAGACGGUCGACUAACCCCGGAUGAGAUUGACGAAAAAGUUUUUGAAAAAUGUCUUUUAAUUACCGAUAGCCAUCCUCUCGACAUUUUGGUUCGAACUAGUGGCGUAAAACGUCUGUCUGAUUUUAUGCUUUGGCAGUGUCACGAAAACACAGAUAUCCAAUUUGUGCGUAAUUAUUGGCCAGAUUUUAAGGUCUGGAGAUUCCUUCCCAUGAUUUUACGUUAUCAAAUAGACCAAAAAGCCAAAUCAUGAAGCACAACAACAUUCGUUUAGCCUCUGCUCUCGCCGUCCUCUUCAACUCUGCUUCAAGAAUUGUAAAUGGAUACGUUCCGCUCUAUAUUAUACAUAAAUUACAUACUAUACUCAUUGACUUUUACAAACUAAUAGCUUUCCAGUUUCAUGUUCGUCGUAGGUUUGGGAAACAAAACGCGAUGAUUAAUUGUCUCGAUAUACUAGAACUUCAAUAAAUGACUGGUUGUCUCUUUGUACAGCGGCCACGCAGCGCGUUUCAUCGUAACAAACCUGAGAAAUAAUUGUCAUAUCUGAAAGCAGUGUCCGAACCAACUUUCCCGUUCGCAGAUCCCAAAGUUUUAGAGAACCGUUGUUUCCGCUAACAACCUUACAUUCGUCAUUUUGCAUGCAACUGAUGGGACCGGAAUUGGCUGAAAGCACUUUUUCACACUUGGCGGAAUUGAUAUCCCAUUCACGAAUUGUUGAAUCUAAAGCACCGCUAAUAAGCUUAUCGGCUUGUAGAUUUAAGAAGACGACAAGAUCUGUAUGGCCUUCCAGGGUGUGUAGACAAACAUUAUUUUUAAUAUCCCAUAUUCGAAUCGUUUUAUCCAGACUUCCACUGAAGCAAAGAUUUCGUGUAGGAUCGUAUAAUACGCUAUAAAUAUAUGCUUUAUGACCACGAAAGUGAUUAAGACA